AAAUGUUGACGGUGCUACUGAUUUGAAUGGGGAAAUUGUGUCUGGUUUGACGGUCAUGUUGGAUGAGCACAACGAACUUGUGAAAUCUUUUCGUUUGGCUAGAGAAAGAAUUCAAGAACAUGGCGAAGCUAAUGUCAGGAUUCGUUUGAUUGGAAAGAGAUUUAAUGAUGCGAGACGUUAUAACUUGCCUACGAGUUCUAAAGUUGCUGUAUUGGUUGUUGGAGAUUUUGAUCAGGCUAUGGGUGAGCGAGAUAUAUUGGUUGAAACCAAGAGCGGACGACUUCAGUGGAUAAAUGAGCUUAAUGCUUCAUAUCUAGCUUUACAAUAUCCACUUCUUUUGCCUUACGGUGAGGAUGGCUAUAGAGAAGACAUACCCUUUUCAAAGCGGAAAGUUGAAAAAGAAAAAGGUCGAAAAACAGUGAGCGUCCGGGAAUACUUUGCAUAUCAGAUCCAUGAUAGGAAACACGAACCAUCUACUAUUCUUUCAUCGAGAAGAUUGUUUCAGCAGUUUGUCGUUGAUGCAUAUACCAUGGUUGAAUCAUCGAGGUUGCGGUACAUACGAUUCAAUCAGAGUCGACUCCGAUGUGAUAUUUAUAAUAGAUUGGCGGAUGCAGUUCUUCAGGGCGAUGUCGAUCCAAGCUCUAGAGGAAAGAGAAUUAUUCUGCCUUCUUCAUUCACUGGAGGACCUCGAAACAUGAUUCAAAACUAUCAGGAUGCAAUGGCAAUUUGCGGAUGGGCAGGUUAUCCUGAUUUGUUUAUAACCUUCACAUGCAAUCCAAAAUGGCCCGAGAUUGUUCACUUUUUGGAACCAAAGAGAUUGCGACCUGAGGAUCGCCCGGAUAUUAUUUGCAGAGUUUUUAAGUCAAAAUUAAAGGAACUAAUCAGGGAUUUUCGUAAGAAGCAGAUGUUCGGCAGAGUUGUAGCAG